UUUGAUGAAUCUAUGAACCUGUGUUGCAGGUAAAGUUGAGCUCCAGCACCGCCGCUGUCAGUGAGCGGGACUGCAGCUGUGUUUGCACUCUCAGACGCCCCUCUCUGGAGCAGUGUAUGCUGGAUAGAGCCCCCCCAUCCCCUAAGCCCCUCCCUGCCCCAGGGUCAAAGUGCAGGUGUCAGUGUGAGGUCACGGGGUUCAACCCCUGUGAGACAGAGCUAAGACUGGAGAAACUGAGGAGGAGGAGCACCGACAUCGACAAGGUGCAGGGUAUCUCUGUGAUGCUGCGACAGGCUCUGGAGAAUGCGGACAUCAGGAGACUGAGCAGCAACACCAACCGAGUCAGCACUCACCUCAAAACACUGGAGCAGGGGGAUCAGAAUCUGUGUAACAUCACCUUAGAACAGGACAGGGGAGCAAAGGUCAAAGAGCAAGCUGGGGCGGGAAAGGAACAUUCCUCUCCUAGCCUCUCCCCUAGCCCCGCCCUUAACCACACAACCACAUCCUCCCGGAGUGAGGAGACAAGACAGACAGACAGACAGGGGGAGCUGUCUAACACAGUGUGUGAGGAUGGCUGCUCUGGAUCUCUCUCCGCGGUGAGCCCCCCUCUCCGGCGCAGUGUUUUCGGGAGGAGUGGGGAGGGAGCCUGGUUCUCGGACCCCAUGUCCCAGGACAGCCCCCUCUACGUGGCUCCACUGCUGUUCGGGAGCACCCUGCUGGAGUUCAGAGACAUGGAUGUGCUGGCGCGGGGUGAGCCCCUCUCCCCCCCUCACACCCUCCCCGCCAGCUACUCCGGCUCAGGACACACAGUCUACAACUCCUCCUUCUACUACCUGAAGGCUUUCACUCGAACCCUGAUCCGCUACAGCCUGGUCCAGCGCUGCCUGUGCGCCUGGUCCGAGCUCAGUGAGCUGCCCUCCCCCUCGCACGGGCAUGGCUGGCGGGGUCACAAUGAGGUCACGCUGGGGGCAGACGAGGGGGGGCUGUGGGUGGCGUACCCCUCUCUGCUGGAGGGGGAGCUGAUGCUGAGGAAGCUGGACUCAGAGGAGCUGCUGCCCAGGAGAGGGGAGGGAGGGGAGAAGGCAGCGUGGAGCACAGGGCUGGGCAGGCAAAGGUACGGGCUCUGCUUCCUGGUGUGCGGGGUGCUUUACGUGCUGGAGCGGGGGGCGGAGAGUGAGGGGGUGGUCUUCCACGCCUUCGACUCACACACAGGAUCACACACCUCCCCUGCACUCCCCUUCCCAGCUCGCCCCGCCACCACACUCCUCACACAGCUCUCCUACAACCCCCGGGACAGGCUGCUGUACGGCUGGGACGACGGGGCGCUCCUCACCUACAGCCUGGAGUUCACAUACUGA